AAGGAGAACAGAUCAGAAAAUUGUCAAAUUCAGGAAAAGAAAGUGAAGCUUUGAUUCUAAGCCAUCAUCUUCUUCAGAAACCACAGAUACUUUUAAUCUUGCAAAAUUUUUCCUGCUGUGUUUUCUCUGGCCUUGAGAAAGUAUUAGCGAUUCUAGAGAGAGAAAACUAGGAUGGAUAAAUUUAAGAAUAUGUUAAAACCCAAAGGAAACCCUCAACAGCUCUUGAGAGAUUGGCAGCGGAAACUCCGUCAAGAGUGCCGCAAUAUAGAGCGCCAAAUCAGAGAUGUUCAGAGAGAGGAAAAGAGUGUGCAGAAAGCAAUUACAGAGGCUGCCAAGAGAAAUGACAUGGGUUCAGCAAAGGCACUUGCAAAAGAAAUUGUGAGGUCAAGAAAAGCUGUGAACCGCCUUUAUGAAAAUAAAGCACAGCUGAAUUCAAUAUCAAUGCACCUUGGUGAAAGUGUUGCAAUUGCACGGACUGUUGGUCAUUUGUCUAAGAGUGCUGAGGUCAUGAAGCUUGUCAACAACCUUAUGAAAGCUCCAGAAAUAGCAGCUACAAUGCAAGAAUUUAGCAAAGAAAUGAUCAAGGCUGGAGUAAUUGAAGAAGUUGUGAAUGAUGCGGUUGACUCAGCAUUGGAUCCAGAAGAUAUUGAGGAGGAAACUGAAGAAGAAGUGGAGAAGGUCCUGACAGAAAUAGCUGGUGAAACAGCAGAACAGCUCCCAGAAGCUGUGAGGAAGGAGACGGUGAGAGUGCCUCCCCAAGGAGCUAGCACUUUGCAUGAAGUAAAAGAAGAUGCAGUAGCCGAGGGUGCAGAUGACGAGGAAGAGUUAGAAGAGAUAAGAGCACGACUUGACAAAGUGAGAUCUUAAAUCCAUACAUUCUUUUUCAAUGCUUGCUUACCAGUUAUCUAGGAAAAGUAACUUAUUACAUUAAAAGGGUUUCUAGCUCACCUUUCUCCCAUAGAAAAAGGAGUUUCCGACUUUGCAUUUGUAAUAUGUAGUUCUUGUAUGACUAGAAUGCUUCCAUUCUAGAUCUACGCGUCUCAUGCGCAUGUAUUGACCACCUCUAUCUUAUUAAAAAUGCUGUAUCUUUUGCACAUCAGAAAAUGGGCUUGUGUUAAGACCAUAUUAAGAAACUAUUUAAUGUUAG